AUGGAAGGUUCUCUUUCUGCUCGAGAGAAAGUGGGUGUUCAGGAUUUCGUGCUGCUGGAUUCCCACACCAGCGAGGAAGCUUUCAUGGACAACCUACGCAAACGAUUCCAGGAGAAUCUCAUUUAUACAUACAUCGGGACGCUGCUGGUAUCUGUGAACCCAUACAAGGAUCUGGAGCUGUACACUCAGAAGCAGAUGGAGAUGUAUCAAGGAGUUAAUUUCAUUGAGCUACCGCCACACAUAUAUGCUGUGGCGGAUAAUGCCUAUAGGGUAAUGUGCACAGAACGAAAUGACCACUUUAUCCUGAUCUCUGGGGAGAGUGGAUCUGGGAAAACAGAGACCUCAAAAAAGAUCCUUCAGUACCUGGCAAUAGCAUGUCCCACUACUGAGAAGCUCCAGACUGUCAGAGACCGGCUGCUCCUUUCCAAUCCAGUGCUAGAGGCUUUUGGAAAUGCCAAAACGCUCCGCAAUGACAACUCAAGCAGGUUCGGAAAGUACAUGGAUGUGCAAUUUGACUACAAGGGUGCUCCUACAGGCGGACACAUACUCAGCUAUUUGAUAGAGAAAUCUCGAGUGGUCCAUCAGAAUCUUGGGGAGAGAAAUUUUCACAUCUUCUACCAGUUGCUGGAAGGAGGAGAAGAUCACCUCAUACGAUGGCUGGGUCUACAACGUGAUCCAGAGCUGUACCGUUACCUCAUUCAGGGUGAGUGUGCCAAAGUAAGCACGAUCAGUGAUAAAGCCAACUGGAAGCUGGUGCGCCGAGCAUUCACCAUCAUUGAAUUCACAGAAGCUGACAUUGAGAAUCUUUUUGGAUUAGUGGCGAGUGUCCUGCACCUUGGGAACAUUAAGUAUGAAGAAGAUAGUCAUGGCCAUGCCAUUAUCAAAGAUGGCACUCAGAUCCAGUGGAUAUCAAAGCUCCUUGGAGUCCCUGUAUCUAUCUUACAAGAAGCACUAACACACAGAAAAAUUGAAGCCAGAUCAGAAGAGGUCCUCAGCCCUCUGAGUAUAGAGCUGGCUUAUUACGCACGGGAUGCUCUUGCCAAAUCCAUAUAUGGAAGAUCCUUUACCUGGCUUGUCAACAAAAUUAAUGGCUCGUUGGCCAACAAGGACCCAUCAAAGAAAACUGUGAUUGGACUCUUGGAUAUUUAUGGGUUUGAAGUGUUUGAAAUAAAUAGCUUUGAACAGUUCUGCAUUAACUACUGCAACGAGAAACUCCAACAGCUCUUCAUCGCAAUGACCCUGAAGGCUGAGCAAGAGGAAUAUAAAGCAGAAGGGAUCGAGUGGGAGCCUGUGCAGUAUUUUGACAACAAAAUCAUUUGCGACCUCAUUGAGGAAAAGCACAAAGGGAUCAUCGCCAUAAUGGAUGAAGAGUGUUUGAGACCAGGGGAAACCACAGACCUGAGCUUCUUGGCCAAGCUAGAGGAAAAGGUUGGCGAUCACCCCCAUUUCUUAACGCGCAAACUCGCAGGUCCAAGCAACAGGAAGUCGAUAGAUUGGGUGGAUUUCAGGCUUAUUCACUAUGCUGGGGAAGUUACAUAUUGUGCUGUAGGUUUCAUAGAGAAAAAUAAUGACUUGCUGUAUAGGAAUCUGAAAGAGGUUAUGAUAAAAUCUAAAAACUACAUCUUACGGGACUGUUUUCAUGUGUCGGAGCUGGACAACCGAAGGAGACCUGAGACUGUAACAACACAAUUCAAGAACAGUCUGUCCAGCCUUAUAGAAAUCUUAAUGUCAAAGGAGCCAUCAUACAUCAGAUGUAUCAAACCAAACAACGCCAAACAAUCCGGGAAGUUUGAGGAUAUGCUUGUCCAUCACCAGGUCAAGUAUCUGGGCCUGAUGGAGCAUUUGCGGGUCAGAAGAGCAGGAUUUGCUUACCGGAGGAAAUAUGAGACAUUCUUGCAGAGAUACAAGUCAUUAUGUCCAGAUACAUGGCCCAGUUGGACUGGUUCUGCUCGGGAAGGUGUGGAAAGGCUUGUGAAACACCUUGGUUACCAAUCCCAUGAAUAUAAGCUGGGAAGGACAAAGUUGUUCAUACGUUUUCCUCGGACAUUAUUUGCCACUGUGGAUUCAUUUGAAAUGAGAAAGAAUCAGUUAGUUUCAAAAAUCCAAGCCAAAUACAAAGGAUGCUUAGGAAAGAGAGCUUUUCAGAAAAAGAAGAAAGCAGCUAUUAAGCUGGAAUCGUGCUGGCGGGGUGUUCUGGCUCGCAGAGCAGCCAAGAAACGCGCAUGGGCUGCACAGACCAUUAGGAAGUUCAUUCUUGGAUUCAUCAAUCGGAAUAAAUCGCCCGGUGACGUUAACAGACAUUUCCAUUCUCUCAUGUAUUACAAUUACCUUUGGAAACUGAGGGACCACGUGCCCAAAAAUGUUCUUGAUAAGAACUGGCUGACUCCCCCAAAAGCUAUGAGAAAGACCUCAGAUUUGCUCCAUAAACUUUGUAUACGGAACCUGGUGAGGAAAUACUGCAGGACCAUCACUCCUCAGAGAACAGAACAGCUGCAGCAAAAAGCAUUGGCGAGCAAUGUGUUUCGGGGAAAGAAGGAUGGCUACCAGCAGAGCGUCAGCCAACCCUUUGAAGAGACAAGGCUCAGUGAGCAAGAGAUCAAUCCAAAAGUGCUCCAGCUUAUGCACUAUGACAAGGUUAAGUAUGGCACUGCAGCUAUCAAAUAUGACAGACAUGGGUUCAAAGCCCGGCCUCGUCAUCUGCUGAUGACACAAUCAGCUCUAUACGUGACCGAACAAGCCAAGAUCAAGCAAAAAAUUGACUUCUCUGCGAUCAAAGGAAUAGCUGUCAGCAAUCAGAGUGAUGGCAUGCUCAUUAUCCAGGUAUCUCCAGAAGACAACAAGCAGAAGGGAGAUGUAAUACUCCAGUGUGAGCAUAUAUUUGAAGUAGUCAUUAAACUGUGCAUGCUGGCUUCAAAGCAAGACGCCAUCAACAUAGUCCAAGGAAGUAUUACAUUCCACUUUCAAGGCAAAGAAGGGGUUAUCGAUUUCAUAUCAGGGGCUGAGUCGCAAGUGUACAAAGCUAAAAAUGGACAUCUAACAGUAGCAUCUCCGAAACGGAAAUCAUAAAACGCAACAUCUGCUCUCGUCACAACAGAAACAUCCUACAAAUAUUCCGGCUGCAUUUAAACAAACUCUGAUGGUUCUGUUAAUGGGGGUUGAAAACAAGAACAGCUUAAUGUAUUAUGUUCCUUAUAUGCUAUUAAAUGAGGUAUUCUGUCCCACCUUGAGGUCAAUCCUGCUGUAAAAAGGGUCUAACGCCAUCAUGUACUGAAUCCCUCUAACAGAGAAAA